AAGAGGUUUGGGGGUGAGUGGAGGAGAGGGAGGGCACAUCAACACUUUAUUGCCCGCCCUCUCCUCCUAUCCCCUCGCUGUUAUUGGACCGUACUGCACGCUCCUCUGGACCAAUCAACGAGGACAACGCGCGCCCCAUCCGGCGUGUGUGCAGUAACGGCGCAGGCAGAGCAUCGCCAGCCCAGCAGUGUCUGCUUAGUGGCUGCUGCUAUGGUGCGUAGAGCAUCGAGACGUUAGUGGUCAGAAUAACGUCCCAGUUUAGACUUAGUCGAGUCGCGGAAGUAAACAAAAAGGGACUAAAGCAUUGGAGAAUAUGAACAAAGUGGACGCACCAUGCCGACCCGCCGCCUCUCUCAAAUUCACUAUUGACAACAUCCUCAAUCUCAAGACAAGCGGGAGGAACUGUGACAGCUGUCACCCCGCCGGACUGCAGGAUGACUCGGCCACGGCGAUGCGUAAAGACGGUUUCCAGAGCCACCACGAGGAGCACUUAGCACAGAGGAGGCAGGACCCGGGCAGCAGGCUUAACGAAAGUGAGUUGAUCACAGACUGCAACGGAGCAACGGAAUCGGUCAUCAUCAGCCGCGGAGACCCGAAGAAGUCGACGGAUGUGCGCUUCGAGAGCGGGGACAGCAGCUGCGAUGACAGCAGCUCCACCACAACGGCCACGGACCCCCACAAAGGAGGUAGCCCUGCAAAAAAGAGCAAAAUGAUAACGAAGAAGAAGACGCGCACUAUUUUUUCCAAGAGACAGAUUUUCCAGUUGGAGUCUACCUUCGACAUGAAACGCUAUCUGAGCAGCGCCGAGCGCGCCUGCCUCGCCAGUUCACUCCAGCUCACGGAGACCCAGGUGAAAAUAUGGUUUCAGAACCGCAGGAAUAAAUUGAAACGGCAAAUCUCGACCGAAAUCGACGGACCUGUUACCGAUUUUCCCGAGACUGGAAAGCCUGUGGUGGUGGGGCAGCUCCCGGCCUUGUACAAAGAGAGCAACCUGCUGGGGAGAUGCCUGCUGCCCAUGCCCCUGCCUGUUGUAUACCCGGGCAGUAGCACGCCUUACCUCUGCUUCUCAAACGCCAGCAAGUACUUCAGCCUGUAUGACGGGGACGUAUGAUGGUUUCAUUCACUCCACACGUGAAAGAGACACUUUUUGGUGGUCUGUUGCCAAGUUUAAAGCAUUUAAAAAGAAAAAAAAUGUAUUAAGAUGGUUGGCCGGACCUGCGGCCUCACUGUUCUGCAAGUACAACGACGACAGAGGAGUAGUUACAUAUCACUUCAAAAUAAGCUGAUUCGAUAUUAUUUAUUUUUCAGUCAAAGCUGGGUUUCUAGGCCUGACACUAAACCUGCUACAGUAGUCGUUUUUAAGAAAAAAGCAGGCUGAGCUAAUGAUAGCCUGGGGGAGGCCUAAAAUAGUAUCAAUCCCAACAUUGUAUUGUUUACAUGACAUUAUUAUUAUUAUUUUUAUUAUCAUCAACAUCUUCAUCAUUUCCAGCAGCUUAAGCCACCAAAGAAAUUACUAUAGCCUAGCUAUUUGCAUGCAUUUGAAUAAUGAAUAAUGAAUUUUGAAUUACUCAAAUUAUCUAUGUAUUUAAAUGAAUGUAAUUAACAUUUUAUUCUAUGUUUCACGCAUGUCUAUUUUUUUUCCUGAGUAUCCUACUAUUC